GGGGCGGGGAGCCCCCGCCCGGCCCGGCCCUCGAGGUGGUGGGCUCCAGCUCUUCGGCGCACGCCCCCCGGGGGACCUCUGUAACCUCCAAAGGCUGCGAACCUCAGUGACUUCCAACCCUGAAACGAAGACUCCCUUGCAGUCUCCGACCUGGACGGAGGGACCCCGGGGAAGAGGCGGCCCUGAGACGGGCGUGGUGACCCAGACCCUCGGGACCGGGUCUGGGUCCGCGUCCCCGCCCCCACCAUGACCCAGUGACCCGGUGACUCGAUUCGCGGUUUUGGAAGCCACCCGGGUGCCGGUGGCGUUUUUUCCAGCUUCCAGCCUUUUAAACCUGCCUCCCAGCUGAGCACCUGUGGGCCGCUGGCACUGCCGUCUGCGGUGCCCGCUGCGUCGGGCUGCGCACAGGUGUCCACCCCUGGCCCUUCGGGGAGCGAUGGGUUUUGCAUUCGCGCACUGCGCGGUGCUUGGCACAGAUUAAGCGAGUGGCCAGUAAAUGGCAGAGGGUUAUUUUGAGAAGCGAGUGACGGCGCCUGACCUGUUGGCGCUGAGUGCUGGCUUUUAUCAUCGUGGGGAUGCCAUAGGCAGGAUAUUGGGCUCUCGUCUCAGGGCCCUGGGGUGGGGGGGUAGGAGAGGAGACAAAACCGUGAGGCCACAAUUACAGCCCUGUGUUGGGUGCUGUGGGAGUCCAGCUUAAAAUGGCAUCUCUCACUUGACCCUGCCACUCCGGGUCCUGGCUGCCUGCCCUCUGACGCUCCUGCCCUCCACCCCGUGCAGCAGGAACCCGGCCAUGGUGAACGAACCCAGAGGGGAUGGUGGCCCCACGUCCCGCUCGGAGGGCAGCAGCAGUGGCAGCGAGAGCUCCAAGGAUAGUUCGAGAUGUUCCACGCCGGGGCUGGACCCCGAGCGCCACGACAGACUCAGGGAGAAGAUGAGGCGGAGGAUGGAAUCUGGUGACAAGUGGUUCUCCCUAGAAUUCUUCCCUCCUCGGACCGCUCAGGGAGCCGUCAAUCUCAUCUCGAGGUUUGAUCGGAUGGGGGCAGGUGGCCCCCUCUUCAUAGAUGUGACCUGGCACCCGGCAGGGGAUCCCGGCUCAGACAAGGAGACCUCCUCCAUGGUGAUCGCCAGCACCGCCGUGAACUACUGUGGCCUGGAGACCAUCCUGCACAUGACCUGCUGCUGUCAGAGCCGGGAACAGAUCACAGGCUAUCUGCACAAGGCCAAGCGGCUGGGCCUGAAGAACAUCUUGGCGUUGAGGGGAGACCCCGUGGGUGACCAGUGGGAAGAGGAGGAAGGAGGCUUCAGCUAUGCUGCAGACUUGGUGAGGCACAUCCGAAGCGAGUUUGGAGACUACUUUGACGUCUGUGUGGCAGGUUACCCCAAAGGCCACCCCGACGCAGGGAGCUUUGAGGCCGACCUGAAGUACUUGAAGGAGAAGGUAUCCGCAGGAGCCGACUUCAUCAUCACCCAGCUUUUCUUUGAGGCUGACACAUUCUUCCACUUUGUUAAGGCUUGCAGCGAGAUAGGCAUUACCUGCCCCAUCCUCCCCGGAAUCUUUCCUAUCCAGGGCUACCACUCCCUUCGGCAGCUUGUGAAACUGUCCAAGCUGGAGGUACCGCAGCAGAUCAAGGACGUGAUCGAGCCAAUCAAAGACAAUGACGCUGCCAUCCGCAACUAUGGCAUCGAGCAGGCUGUGAGCCUGUGCCAGGAGCUUCUGACCAGUGGCUCGGUGCCAGGCCUUCACUUCUACACCCUCAACCGCGAGAUGGCCACCACAGAGGUGCUGAAGCGCCUGGGCAUGUGGAUUGAGGACCCCAGGCGUCCCCUGCCCUGGGCCGUCAGUGCCCACCCCAAGCGCCGGGAGGAGGACGUGCGUCCCAUCUUCUGGGCCUCCAGACCAAAGAGUUACAUCUACCGCACCCAGGAGUGGGAUGAGUUCCCCAACGGCCGCUGGGGCAAUUCCUCCUCUCCAGCCUUCGGGGAGCUGAAGGACUACUACCUCUUCUACCUGACGAGCAAGUCCCCGAGGGAGGAGCUGCUGAAGAUGUGGGGGGAGGAGCUGACCGGGGAAGAAAGCGUCUUUGAAGUCUUUGCCUGCUACCUCUCGGGAGAGCCCAACCAGAAUGGCUAUAAGGUGACUUGCCUGCCCUGGAAUGACGAGCCCUUGGCGGCCGAGACCAGCCUGAUGAAGGAGGAGCUGCUUCGAGUGAACCGGCAGGGCAUCCUCACCAUCAACUCCCAGCCCAACAUCAACGGGAAGCCAUCCUCUGACCCCAUUGUGGGCUGGGGCCCCAGUGGGGGCUAUGUCUUCCAGAAGGCCUACUUGGAGUUCUUUACUUCCCGUGAGACGGUGGGGGCGCUUCUGCAGGUGCUGAAGAAGUAUGAGCUCCGGGUUAAUUACCACAUCGUGGAUGUGAAGGGUGAAAACGUCACCAAUGCCCCCGAGCUGCAGCCCAAUGCAGUCACUUGGGGCAUCUUCCCUGGGCGAGAAAUCAUCCAGCCUACAGUGGUGGAUCCUGUCAGCUUCAUGUUCUGGAAGGAUGAAGCCUUUGCCCUGUGGAUCGAGCAGUGGGGCAAGCUGUAUGAGGAGGAGUCUCCGUCCCGCAUGAUCAUCCAGUACAUCCACGACAACUACUUCCUGGUCAACCUGGUAGAUAACGAGUUUCCGCUGGACAACUGCCUGUGGCAAGUGGUAGAAGACACGUUUGAGCUUCUCAACAGACCCGGGCCAGAGCAGGAGACAGAGACCCUGUGAUCCCGCGCCCUGAUGUUCUUGGCCUGAGGCCACUCGUGUCCUGCCUUCCUCCUCCCCAGUCCUGGUUUUCCUGGGGACCCCUCUUCUCCUUCAUCUCUCCCCGAGCCCUGGCCUCCACUCCUCACACGGUGAUGGCAGCUAGA